AUGGCCGCAAUCACCACAGCACAAAAUGAAGUACGAACAACUCCCUGCGCCAACCCUGGAAAGGGCAAGCUAAGGAUGUUGACUGCGACGCCAUGUCAUUCAGACCCCUGCGAGAUUAAGAAGGGCGGAGUGACGACAUUCGAUUUCGUAUUUGUUCCCGACAUGACCAGUACCACGUUCAGGGUCGACGCUUACGUGAGCAUAAUGGGUUUCACUAUCCGUAUUCCUGGAAUUGAACCAGAUCUCUGCAAAGCGGCAGUACGAUGCCCGAUCAACAAAGACGAACCCGUGAUAGGCGGUUUCAAUAUGUCCGUACCGAAAGUGCCAAUUCGACGAACCGUCGUCGAAGUGAAGAUCACGGGAGAUCAUGGAAUGAUGUCCUGUUUUACCCAUAGUAUUCUGCUCGCGUAG